AUGGCCAAGUUCGCGAGAGACGACGUUUACCCUAUUGUCCGAAAUUUCGUGCAUGAGGCCAUAAAAACUCCCGAUGCGGGUGACGAUGGCCCGCUGCUGGAGCCAGCAUUCCCUGAACCGACACCAUUUCUACAGGAGCUCGUCCCCCCUGCCAAAAACUCUGCUGAUCCUGCCCUGAGAGCCGGCCCGGAAUUGAAAAUAAAGGUCUCCAAAACUAGGCUCCGGGAAAGCACAUUUGUGAAGUACCUCCACGGCAAAGAACAGCUUAGGGAGGCAAUAAGAGUCGCGGGCACGGACCUCCAGAUAUUCUUGGAGGGACGGGUACGGAGAAUGCUGGAUGAAUUGAUCCUCCACGAACCUGUAAUCGCUGACCUGGGGCUCGACGUUUCCCGUUCUGCGCCUCAACGGCUUCGUGACCGUUGGAACUUUGAAGAUAUAAAAGAAACUUUUGGUGCAGUACUUGCUCUAGAAAACUACGAUCUCGAUCUUACAAUCUUCCUCGAUGCGUUGGAUGAGUACCAUGGAUUUCCAGAAGUCAUCUCACAGUGUAUUCUCGAUGUCGUUUCGACGUCACAACAUUCAUCUUGCCGGACAAAUGUCAGGUUUUGCUUUUCAAGCCGAGAAUGGGACAGCUUUGUCAAGGCUUUCGACUGUGCGCCUGGGGUUGCGUUGCACGAGCAUACGUAUCAAGACCUAGAACGAUACGCCAUCAGCAGACCAUCGCAGCUGACAUUCCAACAUCCAUUUACCACAGAAGAUCGAUCGACUUUCACCCAAAAACUUCCGCCUGCGGAAGUCGUUCGCCUUGUCGCUACCAGAGCACAAGGAGUUUUUCUCUGCAUGAAGCUCGCGAUUGAUGAGAUUGUAACGGUCCAAACAAUUCCUUCGCAAGAAGAGCUUGAAAAGUUGGUCAGCAAACCACCAGCAAGCUUGGAAGGAUUUUAUAUGCAACCCAUUUCGAGGAUCCCCCAGCAUUCACAUUUCAGACCAUUCAUGCUCUCGGAAACAGUGUCUCAUAGCCUGGAUUUGGUCAUACCUCCGAGUUUAUUUCACGCCUCAGCAUUCGCUUCGAGGAGGACUUUCCGAGAAUGCGAGAAACACUAG